UAACUUGUUUAACCCUUUUCUCACAGGAUUAAAGGUCAAAUUUCCGUGUUUCCCUAAACUAAACUGAUAGCGUUCUGUUGCCACGGAGACAGAGCCACCCCAGACCGUAGUGCAAUAAACCUCCAACUUCACAAAUAUGAGAAGGAUCAUCGCUGAAGAUCCAAACUGGUCCCUGGAUAUCGUGCCCAGUUUGUCAAACCUCUGUCUGCAAUGCCUGGUGAACAAGUUUGAAGAAAAGCCCAUAUUUGAAGAACUUACACCCACCCAGAAAGACUACAUCCAGGAGAGACUAUCCACUUCCCUGCCUCUGCAUGUGACAGCCAACCUGGUCAGCGAUGGCGUCUACUGGAAGCGGUGCUGCCAGCAGAGGUGGGACCUUUGCGACGUCUCUCAUUACGACCACAGCUGGAAACGGAUGUUCUUUGAGCGGCACUUGGAGAACAUCAUUGAGCUCUUCAUCCCAGACGUAACAGAGUCAAGCACGGUUGUGAAAAUGGUACCGCUUUGCAAGAAGUAUGUCAAGAGGCUUGACAUCUCCCAGCUGCUGCCGCCUAUUAAGGAGCCCCAGAGGGGAGGCGGGGAAGAUGAGGAUGAAGAAGAAGGGUCAGACUUGGUUAUAGACGAUGAGUACGAUAUACCCCGCGUGGAUCACUUUGACUUUGGCAUCCUGCUCGACAAGCUGACAAACCUGGAAGAGCUGCAUUUGGUGUAUAGGGUCAAGCAGUGUGGCAUGAACUUCGAAUGGGAGAUGUUUGAGAUGACCGACCGAGACUGUGAGUCCCUCGGGAAGGCCCUCAAGUCCUGCAAGACUUUGAAGCUUUUCAGGCUCCACCAAAGCCACGUUAACGAUAAAAAGUGCCGGCUCCUGGUGAAGUACCUCUUGGACCAUCCCUCCCUCACUGAGCUCGACUUCUCUCACAACGUGAUCUCAGACGCCGGAGCCAGAGGCCUUGGCAAACUGCUCAACAGGACCAAACUGGAGACGCUUAACGUGUGCGACAACAACAUCAGUGGCCCCGGAGCCAAAGCCGUAGCUCAUGCUUUGUCCAAGAACUCCAGUCUUUUGUCGCUCAACUUCCACCUCAACCGUCUGAAGGAUGAAGGGGGUCAGGCCAUUUGCAAGGCCUUGCUGAAAAAUACAACCCUACGUCACCUGCACCUGGGAGGCAGUGAGGUGACCUGGCAUACUGCUGUCGCCCUGUCUAAAGUGCUUGUGGUGAAUAAUACCCUGAAGAGCAUCAAUCUCUCCUGCAACACACUGGGCGAGGUUGGAGGCAAAGCUUUGGAGGAAGCCAUGUGUCACAACUCCAGCGUUACAGAGUGCGACAUCCGCCUGACAGAUGCUGAUGAGCAGAGUGUUUCCUCCAUUAACCAGGUGGUUUGGACCAACCAGAGUUUAGAACACAAGAAAAAAGCCCAAGAGAAGUAACCACAAACAUCAACGGCUCCUUUUUUCCUUUUGUUUUUUUCUUUUUUUCGCGUAAUAUAAACCCAUCUCUGUAUUGAUC